AUGAAGACUGAACCCCUAAAAGCACUCAGGCUGAUCUGCAUGACCGUGGUGCUUUUCAGUGAAGUGUCUCUGACACAAACUGAAGGAAUCGUUCAGCCAGAUCUCCUGGUGACGGCUGAGCUUGGAGACGAUGUCACUCUGCGGUGCUUCUAUCCCAAGGAGGGAACGUCCUACUUAUCAUGGUACAAGCAAACUGCGGGAAAGAAGCCUCAGCUCAUAUCAACAUUAUACAAACACAUUCAGAAUGCCACCUUUCACAAUGAGUUUAAAGAUGAUCCACGCUUCACAGUUCAGAGGGGAGAAAGAGCAAACCACCUGACCAUCUCGAAAACGGUGCCUUCGGACUCAGCAAUGUACUACUGUGGUGGAGCAUAUUUAUAUACAUUAGAGUUUGGAGAAGGAACCUUUUUGAUGCUUAGAGGUUCAAAGUCAAACAGCAGGACAGUAGUGCAGCAGCCCGUGUCUGAGCCAGUGCAGCCAGGAGACUCUGUGACUCUGCAGUGUACAAUAGACACUGAGACCUGUGCAGGAGAACACAGUGUGUACUGGUUCAGACAGGGCUCAGGAGAGUCCUCUCCAGGAGUCAUUUACACCCAUGGAAACAGGAAUGAUCAGUGUGAGAGGAGUUCUGGGGCUGGGUCUCCUACACAGAGCUGUGUCUACAAGCUCCCCAAGAGGAACCUCAGCCUCUCUGAUGCUGGGACUUACUACUGUGCUGUGGCCACCUGUGGGGAGAUCCUGUUUGGAAACGGGACCAGGCUGGAGAUAGAAGGUAAGAUCAAUUCAAAUAAAAUUUAA